AUGUUUCUGAUAGACGCUUUUCUGCUUCAGGAUCUGCAACAAGAAGGCCAGGUGGUCCGAGUCGGGAGCCUGAGCGUCCGCUGGGUCCUCAUGGAGCACGCCGACCCGUGGCUCCUGACCGUAAACUGCAAGCAAAUGUCUCAGUCUCACGUGAACACCAAGAGGCGUCCCCACCUGACGAGUCAGUACAACUUCCCCUUCGCACGCAAGAGGUGCAUUAAAGCGAUGCAGCUGGAGGCCGAGGGACCGCCUGCGAAAAAACACGCAUCAGACAAAGGGAAGCAAACGGACAGAGAGACCGGGGCUGAUGGACCUGGGAAACCCAGUGAAAACGAUGCAACCGGGAAACCCAGUGAAGAUGAUGGAACUGGGAAACCGAAUGAAGAUGAUGGAACUGGAAAACCCAAUGAAGAUGAUGGAACUGGAAAACCCAAUGAAGAUGAUGGAACUGUGAAAUCCAGUGAAGAUGAUGGAACUGGAAAACCCAAUGAAGAUGAUGGAACUGGGAAACCGAAUGAAGAUGAUGGAACUGGGAAACCGAAUGAAGAUGAUGGAACUGGGAAACCGAAUGAAGAUGAUGGAACUGGGAAACCGAAUGAAGAUGAUGGACCUGGGAAACCCAGUGAAGCUGAACAACAGAGAGACUGGACAGAUGAUGGAAGCAGAGAUAAAACGCUGAUUUUAGAAACGGGGAAAGAAGCAUCGAGACAAGAAGGAGAGGAGAAGAUGGAAACUGAGCAAGAGCAAGACAGACCAAGGAGGAUCCGAAAAUGCAGGUUAAGUAGUGAAAAAGUGAAAGAGGCUGUAGAAUCACCAUCAGUCGAUACCGAGGAGAAUUUGAGCUUCAUCAGCCGGCCGUGGCGCUUCAUCGACGGAAAGGUGAACCGGCCGGUGUGUAAGGCAAUCCUGGAGGCGGUUCUGUACCACAUCAUGUCUCAGCCGGGCCUCACUCAGCAGACGCUGCUGGAACAUUACAAAGACGCCCUGCAGCCUGUGGCGGUGCUGGACAUCGUGCAGGCUCUUAUAGAAUUGGGGUGCGUAACGAAGAGAACAUUAGUUAAAGACCCUAAACCUUCGCUGUUCAGCGGUUCUGCGCCGGCCAGCAGGGGGAGCACUGUGUCGUUGGAGGAACCGGACGCCGUGUUUUAUGAGCCCACCAUCAGCUGCUGCCUGCAGCUCUGCAGGGUGCUGCCCAACGAGCGACACUGGAACGACAAUCUGCUAUGAAGCUGCUGGGCCUCCUCGGCUCGCACAGCCCAGGAGGACUGUCAGGAUUAUUUUUUUUAAAGUUUGCUCUUUUGUCUUGAGUAAGAAGUUGUAAAACGUAAUUUCUGCGAAUGUUUUUUUUUCUCUGUAAAGAUAUGGUUAAAAGCCAGCACUUUGUUUAGUUGUAUUCAUUUAGUUGUAUUAAUAUUCUCUCAGUGCUUAAUCUGUAUGUUUAAAAGUCUAAAUAAAACAGUUUUUUUCUAAA